AUGAGCUGGAGCUUCCUCACACGACUACUGGAGGAAAUACACAACCACUCCACGUUCGUCGGGAAGCUAUGGCUCACCGUGCUAAUCGUGUUUCGCAUCGUCCUCACUGCUGUCGGGGGCGAGUCCAUCUACUAUGACGAGCAGAGCAAGUUUGUGUGCAACUCGGGCCAACCAGGAUGCGAGAACGUGUGCUACGACGCCUUCGCACCUCUGUCCCACGUGCGGUUUUGGGUAUUCCAGAUCAUCUUGGUGGCGAUGCCAUCUCUCAUCUACAUGGGCUACGCCAUCAACAAGAUAGCGAGACUGGAAGAGGCGAAAGGAGGAAGCGGGUCCACAGCGGUGAGAGUCGCGGGAGGUUACACCCACAGGAAGCCCAGGAAGAUUUGUUUCGGGGCCAGACAACACCGCGGGAUAGAGGAGGCUGAGGACGACCAGGAGGAUGAUCCAAUGAUCUACGAGGUCCCAGAGAUCGAACCCCCAAAAAGACCCAGAGACCCUUUACAGCCGACCCCCAGACCCAAAAUUCGCCAUGACGGUCGGAGACGAAUCAGGGAUGAAGGUUUGAUGAGAGUUUAUGUUCUGCAGCUCGUGACCAGGACAGUGCUGGAGGCGGGUUUUCUCGCGGGUCAAUAUCUCCUGUACGGUUUCAGGGUGAAGCCGAUCUUCGUGUGCUCUGGGAAUCCUUGUCCUCACAGCGUUGACUGUUUCGUGUCUCGUCCGACUGAGAAAACCAUUUUCCUCCGGAUCAUGUAUGGCGUCACCGUCCUCUGCCUCACGUUAAACGUUUGGGAAAUGCUGCAUUUAGGUGUGGGAUCCAUUUGUGAUAUCAUCCGAAGAAGACGAACACCACCGGCCGAAGACGAGUACCAGCUCGGACUCUUGGGCUCCAACACAAACGUGGACGGUUCAGUCGGUGUUCCCGGCCCCGAAACCGGAUCAGACGCGGGCGUAGGCGGGGACGGGCCGGCCGAUUAUGUCGGCUACCCCUUUUCCUGGAAUACCCCAUCGGCGCCCCCUGGCUACAACAUAGUGGUAAAGCCGGAGCAGAUGCCCUACACAGACUUGAGCAAUGCUAAAAUGGCUUGCAAACAAAACCGUGCCAAUAUCGCCCAAGAGGAACAGCAACAGUUUGGGAGCAACGAGGACAACUUCCCCAGUACAGGCGGGUCCCGGGUGGGUUUGAACAAGGACAUGAUCCAGCAGGCCCACGAGCAGCUGGAGGCAGCGAUACAAGCCUACAGCCAACAGCACCAGGCGGGGGAAGGGGACCCGGGACACGGGGGUGAAAGUCCCGACGACAAAUCCCAAAGCAAUAUCAUAAUCCAGGCACAACCUCAGCCCCAAACACAGGCUCCCAAAGAUAAAAAACAUAGACUGAAACACGCCAGCAAAGGGGGCAGCAGCGGGGGCUGCAGCAGUAGUAACAGCAGCAGUAGUAAAUCUGCAGAGGGAAAGCCGUCCGUUUGGAUUUGA